AUGGAUGAGGCCAAGGUGGAAGAGUGUUGCCUUGAGAAUAAGCAACAAACAGCUGCUUCAAGCUCUUCUGUCUCUGAGGGAAGUGGCAGUGCCGUUAACAAGUCUCCUGGAGUAUCAAGUCCAGCCACAGCAUCACCAACACAUAGGAGAACCACUGGCCCGAUAAGACGAGCUAAAGGUGGCUGGACCCCUGAAGAGGAUGAGACAUUAAGAAAGGCUGUUGCUAAGUACAAGGGGAAGAGUUGGAAGAAAAUAGCUGAAUAUUUUCCUGAUAGAUCAGAAGUCCAAUGUCUCCAUAGGUGGCAAAAGGUUCUGAACCCUGACCUUGUUAAAGGACCCUGGACUCCAGAGGAGGAUGAUAAAAUUAUUAAGUUGGUGGCAAAAUACGGACCAACAAAAUGGUCUGUCAUAGCGAAAUCUUUACCUGGCCGCAUAGGAAAGCAGUGCCGGGAGAGGUGGCACAAUCAUCUCAAUCCUAAUAUUAAAAAAGAGGCCUGGACACUAGAAGAGGAAAUGGCGCUCAUAAAUGCCCACCGGAUGUAUGGCAACAAAUGGGCUGAAAUAGCUAAGGUUCUACCUGGAAGGACUGACAACUCAAUUAAAAAUCACUGGAACAGCUCCUUGAAGAAAAAGUUGGAAUUUUAUAUGGUUACUGGGAAACUACCUUUGGUUCCGAAAAUCCAGAAUGGUGCAGCACAUGGUCCAACCAGAAUGAGUAAAGAAUCUGAUUCAACUGCCCAAACCUCAUCAGGGACUACUGACAUUUGCAGGCUAGAGGAGGAUGGCAAGGAUCAGUUGGACUCACCGAGUGCUCAGCUGCAGAAUUCGGUUGCUGAUUCUGAUGUUGGUGUGGAACAUCAUCAAUUACAGUCGCCCUUAGAUGUUAGUUGCUGCAAGCUUGAGUUAAGACAAAAUUUUGAGGCUUGUGGGUUGAAUGGCAACAUGAAUAAAGGUAGGACUGCUGGGUCUCCCCCUGUUGCUGCAACACCCCCGCCCUAUGGUUCUCUAUGGUACGAGCCACCACAAAUGGAAACUUGUAGUAUUUCUCUGGACUGCAAUCCCAGUCCAAUAAUAUCUUCUCCAGCUGGGUUCUUCACCCCACAAUGUGUGAUUAGUAGUAGUGGUGGCCUGGUAAGUUCACAGAGCCCAGAAACAAGGUUGAGAAUUGCUGCCCUGAGUUACCCCAACACACCGUCCAUAUUCAGGAAGAGGAAGACACUAGCUCGAGUUCCUGAACUUCCCAGAGUGGAGGGGACAUCAACAGGGAGUAUAAAACCCAACCAGAGCCCGUCUCAGGAGGGAAGUUUGCAUAGUAGUAGUAGUAGUCCUAGUUUGGUGGUAGAUGAUAAUGGCAGUGUUAGUAGUAAAACAUGGCCAAAUGGAAAGCAAUUCAAUGCAUCUCCUCCAUAUCGACUGAGAUCCAAGAGGCUGCCUGUCUUGAAAUCUGUUGAAAGGCAGCUGGAGUUCGGUUUCAAUGAGGAUGAUCAACAUGAAAAUGGUGCUAACAGUGGUAAAGCUGUUAAGUACACUGCUGGGGCAAGUUCUGCUGCUCCGGAGAUGGCUGUGACAUAG